AUGGCCUCAAAAAAUGAAAUAAUCAAAGAAAGAUUGAGUACUCUUGCAUCAAGAACAAGAUUACCAGAAAAAGAAAUUCGUAAUAUUUUCGAACCAAUCCGAGAUAAAUAUCCGAGUGAUGGAUUAUCGUUGAAGCAACUCUUGGAAUUAUUUUAUUGUUUAGACGAUGAAGAACCAUUGAAUGUUGAAACGUUGGAAGAUGAUUACUACAGACGGCUCUUCUAUGCUAUCGAUCAUCAUCAUUCAGAUAUAAUCAUUUCAGGCAAAAGAUCACGAUGA